AUGGCCGUCUUUCAGCAACCUCCCUCCGCCACACUCCCGCCUCCUUCGACCACGCACCCACCGCCCACCGCUUUCUGCCUCAGACAGCCAUUUCGUGAGGGCUCAUUCGUAGCUCCACCACGCCUACUGGGGAGGGGGGCGCCGAAAAUAGCCUCCUUCACCACUAUACUAGCUGCACUCUGGCCAGCCCCCAGCCGCUAUAGCUAUAAAUACCCCUUUCCCACCCAUUCUCCGUCUAACACUGUCCUUAUUUCGACUCAAACACCACUCCAAAAAUCUCCCUCUGAUCUUCCGUUGUACUUUCUUCUAUUUAGUAGUGUCGUAGUUCCUUCGCACGCUCGGCGAAUUUUAUUAGCUAUAUAUCGUCGGACGCCUAAUACCGGCAACCACGAAAUCACGAGCGAAUCCUCUUGUACUUCUCCUAUCGAUACCGACAAUAAUAGACCGUUCGAGCCCGAUUCCUCUGAGACUGAUCUCACCGAGCUAGAGCGCUCCCCUCCAGCGGGUCGAACAAUUGCUCGGAAGAAGCUAAGCCUAAAGACUAGAACAAAAUCGUUACUAACAGUCCUAUCGAAUAUGGAACUACCGGAGGAUUACGGCCGAUCUAAUAAAACAAAGAAGUUAAAACUUCGACUAAAAGAGCAACCAUCCACUAAUUAUAAGUGGGGGGUUACGGAGGAUACACUGCGUAAGGCGUUACCGAAUAAUAUAUAUCGAUUUCUCAAUUGGUAUCUGAAGCUGGAGUAUAGCUAUACAAAGGCUAGCGCCCUUAAAGCGGAUUGGAAGUACUUCCGAAUUUACUACCAGCGAGUUACCAAAACCGAGAUAAGUAAAGAGAUAGGCGAGGCCGUUCGCACGGGUAUAAGAUACUUAGUGGAUAAGCGCGGUCUGGAUAUACAACCGCGCGCAAAUGUCCUAGAUCCGCACAGAGGACCUCCUAAGCCGAUAAUCGAACUCGAGCCCUACAAUACGUUUACGCUACCUGAAAUUAUCUACAGCGUAUCACUUAUCUUCAGCCCGUAUAUCCUACUCUUUAUUAUAUUAUUUUAUAUCUAUACCUUUAAAGCGCCUCACUUAAUAUCGAUAGAAGACCUUCGGAGACUGCUUAUCGAGGGUGGUCGACAGGAAAUACUACUUCCCUUAAAGAAAGAGAUAGAUAAUUACUAUAUCUUCCCAAAGGUCGAGGAGACACCAAUAAAUAGAAGCACACUCGACGCACAGCUCAGGAUAUCCAGUGAGAUAUACGGCUUCCUUAAUCAUUUUUUCUCUCACCAAUUCCGAUACAGAGGAGGUGAUUUACUCGACAAGAGUGGUUUUGUCAGUAAAGCACAGCGUAAUAUAAUUAUAGCCCACACCACUAGUAGAACGUUUAUUAAAUAUUAUCGUCCCCGUCGGUAUACUAGCUUACAAGAGAUUAUAUACGGCCUCAAUCCAGACGAAGAGUUCUUAAAGGCUAGACCUAGUGCGCUGAUCGCUCUUACAACCCAGUAUUUCGGGCGAUACUGGAGGACCAGAAGCGUUAAGUCCACAAUCUGCGCCGGCGUCUGUAAGACAAACAGCGGAAAGAAAUACACCGCGAUUUUAGUCGGAAACAGGCGACAGCUGACUGGUGGGGCUGUCAGUGAUAAGCCUACGCGCGAGGUAUUACGGAAGGAGUUUGAAAUACUAUCGGAGCAGAUUCUUCUUCCUACCACCGAUUUAUUAGAAGACGAGUGGACGCGGCGUAAUAAAGCUGUUGCGGCUGGAAUACAAUAUUGCAGCUUUCAGGAAGGUAGACCCCUUAAGGGACGACGGAAGCGCUCUGCCCCGUCCGACAAUAAGGAUAUCGUUCCCUCUCCGCCAGCUCGAAAGGAGAAGGGAUAUACCUCUGGCGGGAAAUAUAUCCCGAAUACAGAGCAAAUAUUCGUAUACUUCCAAUACCCUAAGACGUACUCCGACUAUAAUAGAGUGAAAAGGUAUUUCAGGAUAUUAUAUCUGACGGACCGGAUAUAUAAUUUCUGCGAUUUGUCUGUCCUGUACGAGAUACACUUGCGGAGGUAUACCGAGGAUAUCUAUAGCCUUCGAACAUAA